UUGCGAUGGGCCCCCUAAUAUGUAUAUAUUUUUGCAGUUUGGUCAGAACUCUCGCGUACAAAUAAAAAUACAAUGCAGCUUUGCUCAAACGACGGUCAAAAUACCGAAAACGAAUAAAAAAAAAUUACAGAAUAUAUAUAUGUAGAUAAUAAAGUACAAAUAUCAUUAAAAGCAAAAAAAAAAACAGAAAUAAAACUGGGAAACCUACCUAAAGCUACUAAAACACGAAAAAAAUCAGUGCCCCGCUAAAACGACGGCCUGCCCGAACACAUCCACGAUUACUUCACUAACGAGGAGCACGACGAGGCGAAAACUCCACCGCAACCGACAAUCCCCACACUCGUCAGAGUGUUGCGGUGAAAAAUGUCAACAUUCUUAAACAACUUCUUCCCAGCUGAUACAGCUGCAAUGGAUCCUCUGUUUUAUCCGCCUUCGAACGGUAUUCCUUCAGAAAGUAAACUUGCAACAUACAUGGUAACUCCGCAGUCACCCGAAUUCAUUCCAACUCGCAUAAACGCGUCACCAAAUUUCUAUACACCUUAUCAUACGCCUAUGCUGAAUAAUGGUCUUGGCAAUGCUGGUGUCAACGUAGCAGGUGGCGUUAGGCCCUCGGCCGCUAAAUCGGUAAGUGGUACUCCCUCGUCUUUGCUUGGUCUGCAGAAAGCCACUGCUGCCGCGGUAGCUCAGCAGAAGCAGCUACAACAACAACAGCAGCAGCAGCAGCAACAACAUCACCAUCAACAACAACAAUCACAACAACAACAGCAGCAGACGCAGUCGUCACGCGCCCUGGUGAACGGUGUUAUACCGACGACCCAGCAGCCGACUGGCACUCAAGCAUACGUCAACAUGGCGACACCACUGAAAGUGCGCAGCAAUAUGCUUCGAAACGAAUCACCCACUACCCAUGGAGUUGGAGUUGGAGGUGGCAGUGGUGGUGGUGGUGGUGGUGGUGGUGGUGGUGGUGAAAAGUCUCCUCCGCGCAUCACACCUCGCACCUCACCCAUCCCAACAACGCUGCCGGCGAGCGUACAUCAGGAAAAUGUAGGCGGCACGAUAUACUUCUAUCCAACUGCCAAUCAUACAGCCGCCGCAAAUAACAGUGCCGUGGUGAGUAAUGUGGCUGAUCCCGUAAGCGCCCAUCGUGCUGCACCAUCGGCGGUAGCGCCAAUACCACCUGUGCAACCGCCAUUGCUAUACACGGGUCAUCAUGUGUAUCCAGGUCCGGCUUCCAACUUGAUUGCAUUACAACCGAAAACACACUUGGAAUCUGCCUUCUUCCUGCCUGAUGAGAUACGUUCAGAAAUUCUUGCCCGCAAUGAGAUCUCGAAUUUAAUGCUCGACCCAGCCGAAGCGACGCAACAUGCGCUUCCUCCGGAAGUGGACAACUAUCACUCAUUAUACCCAUUGGAGCCAGUACAGGCGUUGCACGGCAAACUCACAAUACUUGCAUCUACCUAUAAGGCCACACAUAGCACCACGGGCAUUAAAUACUGUUUGCGGAGGUUACAUGGUUUUCGUCUCCAAUCAACAAAGUGCAUGGCUAUCGUGGAGAUGUGGAAGAAGUUACAACAUUCGAAUGUGGUACAACUGCGUGAAGUAUUCACGACAAAAGCAUUUGGUGAUAAUUCGUUAGUAUUAGUUUAUGAUUAUCAUCCCGGCUCACACACCUUGCUUACAAAGUACUUUACGCCCACACAGGAGCCCAAUGGCUAUCCCGAUCCAUUCCAAGGCGAUGCGCGCCCAUUCAGCCACAAGAGCAACUUGCAACGCAAC